CCUCUUCUGCAAGCCACUUGAAGUGAAAGACACCAUGUCGCAAGAAGACCACAAAUUGAGGCAGCGAAUCAGAUACCGCCAUGUAGAGAAGAUCUACAAGGACCUUGAAGAGCUCGGUUACCAUGACAACGACCCCCUGAAGGUGACUGACCUGAUCACGCUGGACCAGUGGCACUACUUCGGCCUCGAGCCUGUCGAUGCCGCUAUCAAGCUACUGGAUGUCAGGGAAGGCGCGCGGGUCCUGGAUGUGGGGGCCGGCAUUGGGGGUGCCUCUCGGUACCUCGCGCACAAAACCAAGUGUCACGUGACCGCCGCUGAACUGCUUCCCGACAACCACCGCGUGGGGCAAGACCUGACGUCACGCUGUGGCAUGACGGGAAGCGUGAAGCACGUGUGCGGUGACAUCAUCACUACAGAACUGGGUAAGCAGGAGUUUGAUCACGUGAUGAGCUUCCAGGUGAUCCUCUAUGUGGAGGACAAGCCCCGGCUGUUCCGUCAGCUCUACGACUCCUUGAAGCCCGGAGGAACCAUAUUUUUUGAGGAGUUUUACCGCCUGAAGGAUGUUGAGAACUCUGACGAGCAGGCGGCGCUGGACUUCUUCCUGCUGUGCGUCAACACCAUGCCGACUCAGCAAGACUACAAGCAGCUUCUGGAGGACGCCGGCUUUCAAGUCACGGUUCACGACAAUUCGGACGCGUACAGCGAGUACACGCACGGGCGCUGGGAGAACUGGGACCAGCAGCGCGACAAGUACGUGCGGCUGUACGGGGAGGACAUGGUGGACGGCUGGCUCAAGCUCAUCGUCACCACCAAGAAGCUGUGCAACGAGUUCGGGCUGGUGGGAGGGGGGCGCUUCCUCGCGCGUAAAGUCUGAAGACAUACUGAGUAAUUAUACAGGUUUGCGAUUAUCGCAUAGCAAAACCUGUCUUGAAUUUGCUAGGGUCCAUGAGUGGCGUCAUGUUGGUUGUUAAACCAUUUUUAAAGAUGGUUCAGUCUACUCGUCUAGCUUUGAUGAUUAUUACCUUCACUAAGAAGGUUUUUUGUAGUGUUCUAUGUAGCGGUGCAAUGUAGUUUGUGACUUGGCAGCAUAAUUCCAGAAAUUAUGGGCUGAUUGAUAAUGUAACCAUUUUUGGUGGUAGAUAGGCUCUUCUGCUCAGGAAGAAGUGACAUAAGAUAUUAAGACAGGGUUAAAACAUGUGAAGACGAGA